UUCCAGAUCUGUUUCAUUGCAUUGGAACCCUAACCCUAAUUCAAAGCUUUAAACUUUUCCCACUAUUAUUUCUAAUUAAAAGAUGAUUAGUUUCAAAUUGUAAGCAAACCAGGCCAAUUUGACAAGUUGGGAAAUUGGAUUUCUACGGUUCUGAGUUCUUCCCUUUUCAAGCUCCCUGUUAUUUCUUUGCAGGUUGUUAAAUUUGGUGUCAGAUUGGCAAGGAAUUGUUGAACUUGGACCUUUAAAAGGAAAAAACAAAAGAAUCCUCUCAACAGUUUGUGACUUGUAGAAGCUAAAACAUAUAAUAGAUGUCUAUUUAUUGUUGGCACACAAGUUAUCUGAUUACAAGAGGAUCAAAUUCUGAGUUUAUGCAACAUAUACUUGCUACUUGCUGCCUUUGUCUUUCGGGUUGCCAUAUCGAAUGCUAAUGAAACUGUUUGAUAAUCUUUGAAAAGGUAUUUUACUUUGGUUAUGGCAUGAGGAUUUUUCUUCGUGAAUGGUUAACGAUAGCCAGUCUCAAUACUAUUUCUUUCUUUGUUUGCUGAGAGAAAAAUGUUAUACUGAGAUUCUGAGAAAUAGGAUCAAUGACUAAAUUGCAAGUGACCUUGUUGUUGAAGAAAAUGAAGAGAGGCCACUAUUCAAAAAACCCAAUUGCUUUUGUGUGUGUUGUGGUUUCUAUUUGUUGCCUGAUGAUAAUCAUGAUUUCAUUUCUUAGACUUCCUGUUCCUGAGGCAUCACUAGGAAAUAAUAAAGUGAUGAAGCCUUACAAGACUGUUAAUAGCAGGAAGGUUUCCAAGGAUGAAGGGAUAGGAAACUUUGGCGAGAUAAUGAUUGAAAUGUUGCCAGAAGAACUUGCUUUUACAGUCUUUAUCCCUUCAGAGAGAUCUUUCGAGCGGGAUUUGAGACUAAGGGUGAAUGAUAGUUUGCUAGCAGAGAAGAGGAACGAUACAUAUGCAGUGGUUUCUCGUAUAUUGGGUUUCUCGGCUAUUCCUCGAAAACUCUCUUCAGAACUGGUAUCGUCUAGUAAAGAGGUUAUCUAUGAUUCGUUAUCUGGGUUUACAUUAUACAUUUCAAAGGAUGUCGAUGGAAUGCUGGUUGUUAAUAGAAUUCGAUCAGAAAGAGUAGAUGUUAGGAGAGGCGAGAUUGUUGUGCAUAUCAUGGAUGGAGUUAUUAUGGAUGCUGAGUUUGAACAGGCAGUCCAACCUGAUGAUAAUGAAGAAGAUUAAUUCACAUAAGCUCUGCAGAAGACUGAAGAUGUAGCAGCUUUGCCAAUGCGUUAUUCAUAAACUUGUUGUAAAAUGUAAGUUGAUAAAAAAUACUCUUGCAUUUUGGUACAUCAGAAAUUCGAGAGGGAACUGGGGCGACUCAGAUUGCACAUGAGCUAUCAUGAAAAAAUAUACCUUCUAUCGUGAAAAAGAUAGUGUAGCUUCAAUGCAAAUAUGGUAUUAAAAUUUUGAAUGGACAUCUCUUUAUCAAAUUCAGAUAAUAGAGCUUUGAGUUUUCAAAUUCUGUUCAACAGCCAGGAAAUCAUAUAUUUACCA